ACUGAAAGUGCUGCAAAAAAAAUGAAUUUGAUUCUGAAACUUCGUAGAAGUUUCCGAACACUAGUAAUCCUCCUAGCCACCUUUUGUUUAGUGAGCAUAGUCAUUUCUGCUUAUUACUUGUAUGCAGGUCACAAGCAAGAAAUUACCCUGAUUGAUACCACAGGAGGGGCAGAGUGUGAGGACCUAAAGCUUUUACCAUACAGGUCCAUGGAACUUAAAACUGCUAAGCCAAUUGAUCCAUCUAGGACUGAACCUACUGUUCUGCUGUUUGUCGAAAGCCAGUACUCUCAGCUUGGCCAGGACAUCAUAGCCAUUCUGGAGUCUAGUCGUUUUCAGUAUCAGAUGGUGAUUGCUUCGGGGAAAGGGGACAUUCCUCCUCUGGCAGAUAACGGCAAAGGAAAAUAUAUACUUGUAAUAUAUGAAAAUAUUUUGAAGUACACAUCCAUGGAUUCGUGGAACAGAGAACUUCUGGAAAAAUACUGUGUGGAAUACAGUGUUAGCAUGAUUGGUUUUCAUAAAGCCAAUGAGAACAGCUUGUCAAGCACUAGACUCAAAGGAUUUCCAUUGCAACUUUACAAUAAUGUAGCUCUUCAAAACUGCUUAGUAAAUCCCCAGUCUCCUCUACUGCACAUUACCAAAGCCCCACGGGUUGAGAAAGGCCCAUUACCAGGUGAAGACUGGACCGUUUUCCAAUAUAACCACUCCACUUACCAAGCAGUGCUUUUAACAGAACUUCAGGCUUCCAAACCAUUCCCAGCAUCGCUGCCUAAGAUUUUUCUUUAUGCUACAGUGAUUCAGGACCUGGGCCUUCAUGAUGGGAUUCAGAGAGUUCUUUUUGGAAACAACUUGAACUUUUGGUUGCAUAAACUCAUUUUUAUAGAUGCCAUCUCCUUCUUGUCAGGGAAGAUGCUCACAUUGUCCCUGGAUAGGUACAUUCUUGUUGACAUUGAUGACAUCUUUGUUGGGAAAGAAGGGACGAGAAUGAAUGUAAAAGAUGUGAAGGCCUUACUAGAGACUCAAACUUUACUACGCACUCAGGUUGCAAAUUUUACCUUCAACCUUGGAUUUUCAGGAAAAUUUCACCACACAGGAACCAUUGAAGAGGAUGAAGGUGAUGACCUAUUGCUAAAUUCUGUGGAUGAGUUCUGGUGGUUUCCACAUAUGUGGAGUCACAUGCAACCUCACCUGUUCCAUAACGAGUCGUCGCUGGUGGAGCAGAUGAUUCUCAACAAGGAAUUUGCACUAGAGCAUGGUAUUCCAACUGACAUGGGCUAUGCAGUUGCUCCUCACCAUUCUGGUGUCUAUCCUGUUCAUAUUCAGCUUUAUGAAGCCUGGAAGAAAGUGUGGGGUAUUAAAGUCACCAGCACUGAAGAGUACCCUCAUCUGAAACCUGCACGGUACAGGCGGGGCUUCAUCCACAAUGGCAUCAUGGUACUCCCUCGACAGACAUGUGGACUUUUCACCCAUACAAUCUUUUACAAAGAGUAUCCUGGGGGCCCUCAAGAAUUAGACAAAAGCAUCCAAGGAGGCGAACUGUUUCUUACCAUUCUUCUCAACCCCAUCAGUAUCUUCAUGACUCACUUGUCCAACUAUGGGAAUGACCGCUUGGGUUUGUACACCUUUGUCAACUUGGCCGGCUUUGUUCAAAGCUGGACCAACCUGAAGCUCCAGACUCUGCGUCCAGUUCAGCUGGCUCACAAGUACUUUGAUCUUUUCCCCGAGCAAAAAGACCCACUGUGGCAGAAUCCAUGUGAUGACAGACGCCAUCGGGAUAUCUGGUCUAGAGAUAAAUCUUGUGAACACCUGCCAAAAUUUCUUGUGAUUGGUCCACAGAAAACAGGAACAACAGCACUUUAUUUAUUUCUCCUUAUGCAUCCUUCCAUCAUUAGUAAUCUCCCCAGUCCAAAAACCUUUGAAGAAGUUCAGUUCUUUAACGGAAACAACUACCACAAGGGAAUCGACUGGUACAUGAAUUUUUUUCCUACCCCUUCUAAUAUCACCACUGAUAUCAUAUUUGAGAAAAGUGCCAACUACUUCCAUUCAGAAAAAGCUCCCAAGCGUGCUGCCUCCCUCAUUCCCAAGGCAAGACUCAUCACCAUUCUCAUUGACCCAUCGGACCGAGCAUACUCCUGGUAUCAGCAUCAGCGUUCUCAUGAAGACCCUGCUGCUCUGAAGUUCAAUUUCUAUGAAGUGAUCACAUCAGACGACUGGGCACCCCCUGAGUUAAAGACUCUACAGAAACGCUGCUUGACUCCUGGAUGGUAUGCAGUGCAUAUUGAAAGAUGGCUAACAUACUUUCCCACUUCACAGUUGCUCAUUGUUGAUGGACAGCAGCUCAGAAGCGAUCCCGCUACUAUAAUGGAUGAAGUGCAGAAGUUUCUGGGAGUUUCUCCUCAUUAUAAUUAUUCAGAAGCCCUAACGUUUGACCCUCAGAAAGGCUUUUGGUGUCAGCUGCUGGAGGGAGGAAAGACGAAAUGCCUGGGGAGAAGCAAAGGCCGAAAGUAUCCACCAAUGGAUCAAGAGUCCAGGGCAUUCCUUUCAAACUACUACCGAGAUCACAAUGUAGAACUCUCCAAACUGCUGCACAGACUAGGAGAGCCGUUGCCAUCUUGGCUAAGACAAGAGCUUCAGAAAGUGAGAUAGCACGGAAGGUGGGAGGAGCCAAAGCUUUCGUGGCCUGUUUCCUUCACUCAAACACCCUGCAAUUUCCCAGUCCACUUGCAAUUGUCAGUCCAGGAUCCCAUGAAUAAUU